AUGGGUCUCCCCGAGCACUUCACGCUCAACACUGGAGCCAAGAUCCCAGCUGUGGGCUUCGGUACAUGGCAAGCUGCUCCUCACGAGGUCGAGAAGGCUGUUGAAGAGGCAUUGAAGCAAGGAUACCGCCACAUUGACGCCGCUGCAAUCUACCGCAACGAAGCUGAAGUCGGUGCCGGAAUCAGGAACUCUGGCGUGAAGCGAGAGGACAUCUUCCUUACCAGCAAGCUAUGGAACACCAAGCAUCGUCCAGAAGAUGUUGAGCCUGCUCUGGAUCAGACGCUGAAGGACUUGGGCACAGACUACGUUGACCUUUACCUGAUGCACUGGCCUGUUGCCUUCGCAUCAGGCGAUAAGUGGUUCCCACUCGGCGAUGACGGUGUCUUCAAGGCAUUUGAGGCUGACUACGUCACGACCUACAACGCCAUGGUCAAGCUCCUUGACACUGGCAAGGUCAAGGCAAUCGGUGUUUCCAACUUCAACAUCCGCCGCCUCGAAGACCUCCUCAAGAAGACUUCUGUCGUUCCAGCUGUCAACCAGAUCGAGGCACACCCAUACCUGCAACAAGCAGAGUUGACCCAAUGGUGCAAGGACAAGAACAUCCUCGUCGAGGCAUACUCGCCACUCGGCAACAACCAGACAGGCGAGCCUCGCACCGUUGACGACCCGAAGGUCCAUGAGGUUGCGAAGUCUCUUGGUCAGGAUCCUGGCGUUGUGCUUGGUGGCUGGGGUGUGCAGCGCGGCACUGUUGUUCUGCCAAAGAGUGUGACACCUUCGAGAAUUGCGUCGAACUUGAAGGUCAGGGAGUUGCCACAGGAAGCAUUUGAUGCGCUGAACGCUCUUGAGAAGCACAAGCGUUUCAACUUCCCAGCACGAUGGGGCGUGGACAUCUUCGAUGAGGCUGGUGAGGAGGCCGUCAAGAAGGCCGCGAAGGAUGCUGCGGCCGAGAACCCGACGAAAUUCAAGAUAUAG